UAGCUCCACUGGAGCUAGCAUGCUAGCCCUGAAUACUGCUACUGGCUAACGGGAGCCUUAGCGGUCCACUGGUCUAUUACUGGGAGUCUGUUGACUGGUACAGCUUCACAACGAGCCAAACUUCAACUCCAAUAGCUCAUAAUAAACAUGUAUUUCAGUGUUUAUUCUGAACGAGAUAUUUUGGUCUGCUGUCACGUUAUGGUGUGUCGUUGUUUGUAAAUGUACGACUUGAAGAGGGUCCAAAUGCUCCUAAAAUCAAUGUUUAUCCUUCUCCUUUUCCCUACCACAUUGUCCAGUUUUUCCAUAGAUGAAGUUAAAGUAAGGUGUUGGAAGGUUGUGAAUAGGUUCAAACUUCAAAGUUGGUUUUAAUGCUCAUAUAGUCGGUGGUGGGUGAGCAGUGCGUACUGUGGCGCAAUCCAUCGGAUGUGAUGCUCCACGAUGUAAACAACACGUCGUCUUACUUCACCAAAUACCUUCCAUUUAGUUAUUAAUACCGACCAUUUAUUUAUUGUUAUCAAGGAUGAGGAUUGGAGAUUUGGAUCAAAUCGGAAAUAAUAGGACUAUAGAUCUAAUGUCUGAGUGCAUGGUACAUGAGGAUAGUACUAGAGUUAACGGUAUGUUAUUUCCGUGUAUGCUUUCCGAAAGAGGGAUGUGAUCUGGGCUGCAGACUGCCAGACUCCAUGGACGAUGGAGACUGUUCCCCUGACAGCAUGACAGCUCUAUCCUUCCCAGAUAAGAUGACCCCCAUAAAAUUACUCACCAUGAAGGACUACGAGAAUCAAAUUGCAGCUCUAAAGAAGGAGAACUUUAACCUUAAGCUGCGAAUAUAUUUCAUGGAGGAGCGCAUGCAGCAAAAGUGUGAUGACUCAACAGAAGACGUAUUCAAAACGAACAUUGAGCUGAAGGUGGAGUUGGAGUCCAUGAAGAGAGAUAUGUCAGAGAAACAGGAGCUGCUGGUGUCUGCAUCGAAAGCUCUGGAGAGUCUGGCCGUUCGAGACACGGGGGACUGCCAGCGUGUCGGGGAACGGGCUCGGAGAGACAUGGACGCUCUGCAACAAGCGCUCAACAAGAAGAUAGCUGACCUGGAGCAGGAUCUGCAUGCAGCAGAGGAGGAGGUGGAGAAGAUGGCUGCCAUCGCUGAGAAGGAGAAGCUGAGGAAUAUUGACCUGGAGAAGCAGCUAGUGGCCCUGGGUCUGUCUGAGGCCUUCACCCCGGUCCAUGAGCCUAACAAUGACCUACAGCAAGCCUUGCGGGAGAAAGAUGGCAUCAUAGAGAACCUCCGGAUUUCUUUAAGGGACAAGGAAGGUUUGAUAAAUCAGAAGACUAAUGCGGACCAGGGAGCAGAAACACCAGCACACGACCACAUCAAACAACUGACCAUCCUUAUCUGCGACAAAGAUCAACAACUCCAGGAGCUGAGGGAGCAGUUGGGAGGAGAAAGGGACAAGGCACAGAGGGAUUACAAGGGAUUUGCAAAGAGAGAGCAUGAUGUCACCCAGUUGGAGUCCACCAAUAAGCUGCUGAAUAAUGAGCUUACUCAGAUCAAAAGCAGCAAUGAGCACUUGACCAAAACACUGGCAGAGGCCCAGAAUCAAAGCAAGGCGCUUUCUGGAAAGUUGGAUGAGAAGGAGAAUGAUCUUUGCUCUGAGAGGAAAAACUCUCUGAAACGAGAUAAAACCAUCCAGGGUCUCUCUCAAGUCCUCAAAGAAAAAGAAAAGGAGAUCUUGGAGUUGUGUCAUGAGAUUGAGGACCGGGAUGAGGCUUUGGCAAAGGCACGAGAGACUGCACAUAAAGCACAACUUCAAAAAUACCAGGGUGCAGAGGAGCACCAGAGUCUGCUAAUGGAGAAGCAGGCAGAGCUUGCUCACCUUCAAGGAGAGCACCACACCAAGGUGCUGGAAGCCCAAAAACUGCAGCGUGCCCUGGCCAGAAGGGAGCAGGAGCUGGCAGACAUGCAACAGGCCAAGGAGCAACUGGAGUUUGAGCUGGAGGACUUCCAACAGCAGAAGAAGAAAGGAGAUAAAGCUCUGAAUGACUUGCAGAACCAGCUGAAGAAGCUGAGUGGGGAGAUCGGGGACAGGGAGAGCGCUCUGGAGCAACACUACCAGGCUCUUCUGGAUGAGACCACCAGAAAGCUGCAGGUCCAUGAGGUCUCCAUUCAGCGCCUCACCUCCACUCUGGCAGACAAGGAGCAGCAGCUGCAGGAGUAUUUGAACAUGGUGAGAGAUUUUGAGCAGAGCAGAAGCCCCGGAGGAAGUGACGUCAUGCUUUCCAAGCUUCGAGACCGACUCAAAGAGAAGGAGAAGGCUCUUGAGAAGGCAUUGGACGAGAAGUUUGCAGCCAUUGAAGAGAAAGACAAUGAAAUACACCAACUGCAGUUGGCUUUAAGAGAAAAGGAGCGAGAUCUCGAGAGACUCAACAACUUGCUGACUCACAACAAUGAAACCAUUAAUAGUUUUGACAGUGUGAUCAAGGAGAAGGAUGUGGAGCUGCAGCACCUGGCCAACACACUGAACAACCUGCAGAGAGCCAAGCAGGACCUGGAGGACAACCUGAACAGAGCUCUGAGGGAGAAGGACUCCAUCAUCAGCCAGCUGCAGCUCUCGCUGCAGGGCAAGACCAACGACAUGGAGGAAAUGGCCCAAGCAAUGCUCAGCCAGUCCCAAAGUCAGGCCCACGACCUUGCCGAGAAAAUGGGCCAGCGGUUAAAGGUGACGGAGGCCAUGUUGGCAGAGGCCACUAAGGCCAGGGAGAACCUGGUGACGGACAAUGAGUCCGCAGUGGAAGGCUUGUUGGCCACCAUCGGCAGCAAGGACAAACUGUUGAAGGAGUCCUCUGAGCACUACAACCGCAUGCUGUCUGAGUACACACGGGAGAUCCAGGAGCUGAAGAGACAGCUGGUGGACGGGCAGCAGCAGCUCCGCGCCGCUGAGAAGCACCGCUCUACCGCCACCCAGGACGGCCACCUGGAGGCUGCUGAGCUCAAGCUGCUGUUGGUAGAGAAGGAUAGCCUGAUCAAAGAGCUGAUGGAGCGCGGUCAGAACACAGAUGGGUUCCUGGCUGAGCCAAGGAUCAAGGAGGAGUCGGAUCAUGUGUUGGAACUCAAACACACUGUACAAAUCCUGAAGGAAAGGCUGAUCGAAAGGGAAGCCGAGCUAACCAAGAUGAAUGGUGAAGGACAUAUAGAGAACAUCACGGUCACCAGGAGGACCAUGGUCAUCCUGAAGAAGGAGCUGGCACAGCAAACGGAGGCACUGAACAAGGCCUUGAAGAGGGAGAAUGGACUGAAGAUUUCCCUGGCAGAGCUCCAGUCGACGUUGGCUGAGCUGGAGGCCCUCGUUCAGGGCCACCAAGCGAACGCAGAGUCCCUCACCAGCACUCUGGAGACCAAGGAUCAGAUCAUCGCCGAGCUCCACCAGCGUCUGGGUCAGCGUGGGGACAGACAGACUGGCAACGGCCAGGAACAUGGCUCUGCUACGGACACCGGUGCGGAGAGGUCGACGUCUAGCCUGCCUCAGAGGGAGAGGACCAUCAUUGGAGGAGACAGCCAGCAAAAGGAUUUGCCCAGCUUGUCCUCCGUACAUGAUGAGCACGCGGCCCUGACCCGGGCCCUGAAGACAGAGCAGCAGCUCUUCUCCAGCCUCAUCCGAACCGUCAAAGAGCAGGACAGCUCCCAGCGUCUGCAUGCGCUGCAGCUGGAGCUGACCGCUGUGCAGCUCCUCCGGCAGCAGCUGGAGGAGGGCAUCCGGACCAACGAGGGGCUGAGGGACCAGCUGGAGGGAGAGCUGCUCCAGGCUCAGCUGCGAGAAGGUGUUGAUCCCCAGGAGCUGCAGAGCAUGAGGCACCAGCUGGAGGACGCCCAGCGCUGGAACGCCUCCCUGCAGGCCCGCCUCGGAGCCAUCCAGAACCGGGCCGCCGGGGUGGGCGGAGCCAAUGACACCGGGGACAGCUUGACCUUCCUCGGGGACCAGACCUCCUACAUGAGCAUCUGUGUUGGAGACAGACUGGAGGAGAGUCUGUCUCAGCUCUCUGCACCGGAGCUCAGACAGAAGGUGGUGGCCCUGCAGGAGUGUGUGAGUGGCCUGCAGAGUGUUAACAUAGACCUGCAGCAGAAGGCCUUGCUGCUGGAGAGGAAAGAAGACAAGGAGAACCUCAGCCACGGCAACACUAGCCCAAGGACUCAGCUGCUAGCGGCGGGCCGGGCCGGCCAGCGACGGGGCGGCGACGGGACCCUGCGCCCCGGUCCAGGUCAACGGAGCCCAAUGGAGGUCCUGCCGCCGCAGACGGGGUCCCAAAGCCAUUGUGACCAUGACGACAGAAGCUUGUUCAGCACGGGAGAGCAUCAGAUCAGGUCCGGCGACGAGCGUUUGGAGCAGCAGGAACACAACAUGGAAGAGAUGGUGCUCCAGGGAACCACCUCACAACUCAGGGAUGAGCUCCUGCGACUUGGAUCAGAGAACAGAGAACUGCGCUGUCUCCUCCGUGAGGAGGUGUUGAAGGAGUCUGAAUGGAAGGCCAGAUCAGAGGACGUGUGCGAUGGACCAGCAGGCCUCCAUCAGACCGUACUGAGACUGAGAGACGAGGCCCAGGGUCACCUCAAAGUCAUCGGCUCGUUGAAGGAGCAGCUGGAGAGGAAAGCUGUGGAGGCGUCUGAUUGGGAGAGGAGAAACGGGACCCUGGAGGGUCCACUGAGCACCCAGCUGUUACACCACACGCCUGCCAGGCAGCGCCGCUCACAUAAGGCUGGUGUCAGGUCUCGCCUCCCUGUGCCAGUGAGACUGAUAUCAGAACCAGGCAGCACCUUCUGGGUGGCCAACCAACCCCAAACUUUGCACCAACACACAGACACCGUUGAGCCUCUGCGAGAUAUACACCUGAAUCACAUCUCUGAGUCGGACCAGCUCCUGUCCGAGGGCUUGGAGUACCCCCUGUCCCUAGAGCGCAGUACCACUCCCGGGUCCAACUUUGACGAGUACAUCCAUCGUAGCAGCUGCAGCCAAACAGUCUCCGAUGAUAACCCAGAGGACGGAGAGGCCCUCCUGGAUGAUGCCCGGGCUGACUCCUGCGCCUUGCUGGCCCAGUUGGAGCUGCUCCACCAGGAGUGCCAGGAGAAGGAGAGCCUCAUUGACGGGCUGGAAGACAAGCUGGCCGAGUGGGAGGAGAUCCACGCCCAGCUGCUUGAGAAGGACUGCCUGAACCGCCAGUACGCCGAGGCCCUGCAGGCUGCUGAAUCCACCAUCGCUUAUCUCACCGCUUGCAACCUGGACAGCCAUAGCGGCCUCGGCCUGGGCCAGCUCGAGCGCUCUUGUGCCGUCUCGGCGGGCUCAGAUGGCAGCGCCCUGCAGAAGGAAAACGUGGAGCUCAACAAGAUCCUGCAAGAGAAGGACAGGCUCAACGCCCACCUGGUGGAGUUCCUCAACAUGACCGGCAGGGACAUUGCUACCAUACAAGCAUCUUUGACCUCUCCCACAGCCGCAGCCUCUCUGGAGCUGUGUUCCAGGUUGGUGAGCGCCCUGCAGCAGAUGAACGCAUCUCUAGCGGCUCACAACCCAAGAGGCACUGUCGAUGUGCCCUGGGGUUCUGACCGCAGUCAGGAGCAAAGUAUGGACCGGCUUCAACAAGGGAGCUGGGAACUGAACCGACUGGAUACCGAGUGUGAAGUAGGAACUCCUUCUGAGGCCAGCGGUGUACUUCCUGUUCUCAACCACACUGGCACUCAGCAUAAGGACUACUUGAUUAGGCAAAUUGCAGGAGAGUCUGUGAACAAAGGCAGGUCCAGAGAUGUAGAAGGCACAUCGGGCUGCUCUGAAGGCAGUGUAACUAACGGAGAGCUCACCAAGUGUCUGUCAGACUGUCUGGCUGCAGCAGAGUCAGCCAUCGCCUCUCUGGCAGCACACUGCACCAACACUCAGAGCUUGUCUUCUGGAAAAUCCGCCCAGAUCAGUCCUGAACUUCAACACCACCUGCAAAGGCUUCAGAUCUCUCUGCAGGAGCUGGGGGAUCUGGAGGACCACGGCCAGGUGGAGGCGGCCAAGAAACCCUCCCAUAGGCACGGCUCUGCUGCUUCUGCUGGCAGGAAGUCACAACCUUCUUCCCAGGAGCUCCAUCGCAAUAUCCAACUCCUGUACCAGGCAUUCUGCGAUCACUCCCAGAGGAUCUCUAACCUUCAGGCCAGCCUGCAGGAGGAGAGGAGGCUCCGAGGGGAGAAUCAGACCCAAGCACCAGCAGUGGAUUGCCUGAGUUCAGAGGGAAUACCAGGCAAUGUUCAGGCCCAGCUUGAGGGUCUUCAGAAGGCUCUGAAGGACAAGAAGAAGACGUGCAAGAUCCUUGAGGAGAAACUGGCCUCCUCCUUAAAGCCGGUUAUCAUCCACAACCUGCCCUGUGACCCUGCUAAGAAAACGCCACCUCUGGAGCAAGACGACAAGUGCGUGCAGGUGGAUUUGCAGGACCUGGGUUACGAAACCAGUGGCAAGAGUGAGAACGAUAGGGAAGAGAGCAGUAGCACAGAUCUGAAGGGUUGCUUGCAGCCCGGGGACAGCGCCUGCAGCCUGCCGUCCCUGCUGAAGGAGGUGCAAGGCUCCUUCUCCUCCGCUGAGUACCUGGACUCCACAUCCACCUCCUACCCCAGCUCCCCUGCUCUGAGCUCCAACAAGGUGAGUCUAAAGAGCCUGCAGGCCUUCGAGGACUACGGCGUGUCUGAGGAUCCUGUUGAGCUCAAGGCACAGGUCAUGGAGCUGAGGCUUCAGCUGGAGAACCAGACCCGGGUCGCUCAGCAGAUGCAGAGCCUACUGGGUCGCCACAUCUUCCCCAGCAACCUGGUGUCCACGCCGGUGGACGCCUCCAGGGAUCAACAUGCUUGGCCCGGCGUGGUGUAUGGACGCAGCCAGGAGAGGAGUCACUCUGCAGCGGAGCUGAAGGAAGGCCGGGACAGAGAGGGCCAGAGGAUGAGGGAGGAGAUCGGUGUGCUGAAGCAGGAGCUGGAGAGGGAGAGGAGUCUGAACAGGAACAUGAGUGAACAGCUGCAGCAGGUGCAGCAGCGCAGUCGCUCUGCCUCGCCCGCAAGGCUGGACUCCCUGGUGCAGUCUCAGGCCAGGGAGCUGUCCGCGCUCAGGCAGCAGAUCAAGGAGCGCCGUGGCCUGGGGCUGUCCCACCGCAGGCAGCUGGAGGAGCUGAGCCGGGCCUUCCAGGAGCUGCUGCAGGCCAGCGACGUGGAUCUGUUCCGGGGAGAUAUCCUCCGAGGGCAGCUGGACAAGAGUAUGGGCAUUCUGGAGAGACUGGAGGGGUGGCUUGACAGAGGAGACGGCCAACAGGACAAUAAGGAUGCUCUGGAGCUGGCCCAACGGUUGUCCAGGGAGCUGCAGGAGAAGAACCAGCAGGUGCAGAGCCUCCAGAGCCAGCUGAGGGGUCCCAGCGGGGCCUCCUCCUGCUGCUCCAGCUCCUCGGAGCGGAGCCCGUCCUACGUGGUGUCGGGGUCGGGACGCGGUAGCCCCACCGCACAGAGUCCCACCGCCCGCAGCCCCUCAACCCACAGCGGAGCCCUGGCGCCUCACGGCCACACAGACGGGGGCGGCGCCAAAGCCGGGGGAGGCGUGGACCGGAGCCCCGGGGACCAGAGCCCCGGGGACCGUCACCGUAGCAGCAGGACACAGGGAGCCCGGCUGUGGAGGGAGAACGGCGGGCUGCAGGAGCAGCUGAGGGGCAGCCAGGAGCUCAACGCAACGCUGCGCAGCGAGCUGGAGCUCCAGCGCUCCGUCCAGGCCCAGCAGGGCCCCCGCCACCCAGAGCCCCGGGACUCCCCGGACGGGCCCGUGUCACCACCUCAGGCCGACUCGGAUGGAAGAGAGGCUGAGGCACGGCCUGAGGCACGGGCAGCCGCGCGUCAGGACGGAGGGCCGCGGGCUGGGGCCAUGACCACAGACCUGCUGGCCGAACACCUGCAGGAGAUCCGGGCCCUGCGGCGGCGGCUGGAGGAGAGCAUCCAGACCAACGAGCGCCUCCGAGAGCAGCUGGAGAGGAGGCUGGCUGAGGUGGAGAGGGACCCAGCGACCAACAUCUUCAUCCAAGGCAGCGAGGAGCAGGGCCAGAUGGCCAGCGAGGUGCGCUUCCUCUGGGAGCAGAACCGCAGCCUGAAGGAGCAGCUGGCCCAGGGCUCCAGAGACAAGCAGAAGGAGAACGAGGCGCUGCGGGAGACCCUGGCCCGCCGCACGGCCCGGCUGGAGCAGAGCCGGGCGGAGCUGGAGGCCCUGAGGCAGGAGAGGGCCCGGCUGACGCCCAGCGCCCAGGAGAACCAGACGCUGAGCGACGCCCUGCAGCACAGCAGGGACGAGCUCCACAGGCUGCAGAGCGACGUGAACCUCCAGAGGCAGCAGCUGUCGGACUCCCAGCAUCUGCUGCAAUCGCUGCGCGUGGAGCUGCAGGUCUGUGAGCGCAUCAAGGCGGACGCCCCCAGUGCAACAGAGGGCGAGGGCUCCCCGCGGCCCCCCGGGCCCCUGGACCUGUCGGAGCUGCUGGUGGAGGUCCGCCGCCUGCGGCUGCAGCUGGAGACGAGCAUCCAGACCAACACGGCGCUGCGGCAGAGGCUGGAGGAGCAGCUGCUGAGGGGCCGCCACGCCGACACCAUCAACAUCAACUACCUGCUGCCCGCCUCAGAUGAGGGAGGGCGAUCCCCUGGACAGGAGAACCGGGACCCUGCUCACCGCGCCUCUCACAGCCCUGUUCUCCGAGAGACGAGGAGGCGGGAGGAGAACAGCUCCCAGCAGCUGAGCAGCUGCAGCAGCAGCUCCGAGAGCGGGGCCCCGGGCCCCCCGUCCCGCCUGGUGCCGGGCCACCGGCUGUGGGCCAGCCGCCACGGGCCCCACGUCCUGGGGCUGAUCCAGGACCACCACGCCCUGCGCAAGCAGAUCUCUGAGGGCCGGCGCCUCACACAGCACAUGGACGCCCAGCUGCAGGAGGGGCGCCCCCACCUCCGGAGUCUUUCCAGCAGCGUGGGCACCAUGCAGCAGGUCCUAGAGGAGGCCAGCAGGUUGCUGCACCUGGUCUGGAGGGUCUCUCUGCCCACUGGGGGCCACACAGCCGGGGACCACGGCUCCAACCAGCAGGAGGAGCUGCUGCGGAGCGAGGUGUCCCGGCUGAGGAGCAGGCUGAGCCAGCAGGAGCGCCUGCUGAGCGGGGCGGUGAAGCGUCUGCGCACCACCAACCAGCUGAAGGAGGGCAUGGAGAAGGUCAUCAUCGACCAGUUGUCAGUAACACACGGAGUAUUGAAGAAGGCCAGAGGGAAUCUGGAGACAAAUAACUGUGCCCUCUUUGGCCUGAAGGGCCUCUCUGGAGGCCCAGAGGAGGAGGUUCCCAUCAACGGCCAGUAGAGGGGCUUCCUCUCUGCCAGUUCCUCCUACUGGCUGCACCGCCUUGUUUUGGAUAUGGAUCCUGUCCUGCUGUUAAACUACCUGUAACUUGCUCCACUUUUCUGUGAUUGCACAUGUUUUUGAAAGUUAAAUGUAAAGGCUUCUGUAAAUAUUUAUCAAAGCUAUUUUUUAUGAAUGAUUUUACAAUGGGAAGAUUUGUAUUCUUGACAGGCUGGUACACAUAUUAGUAUUGUGUGCAUUUGAUGAUGGAAACUAAUUAUGUGAGUAAACAUGUUUCCCUAAAGCUUCUGAUCCUUCAUUCAAACAAGACAGAAUUGAUGUUUUACAAAAGUCCCUUUAUUUUCAAAUCUUGACUGUUGCUUUGAAACCGAUACAAAGGAUUUAUUUCAGACUUAACUGAUUUAAAUUUGAAAAACACCCCUCCUCGCAAUACAUGAAAGUCUGAUACUAUAGGGCAACAAUAAGUAAGCUGGAUCUUAAAAGCAUCAGAUUUCAAAAUAACAUUCAAGGAAAUGUUAGCAAAAGUUGGCGAUUUGACCUAUAAAACUAGGCCAAGAGGAACAACAUGACGGGGUCUCUGGUGGACUUUAAUAAGCCCAAACACACUGCACAUCCAUGAGACUAACCUAUACAAACAAGCAUGUCUUCAAUUCACCAGUCUACUAUAUUAUACACACACUAGGCUUUGGUCAUGGUGACGUCAAAUUCAACUCAGGAACUUAUCGUAACAGACACUUUGGCAAAAUUAGACUAAUCAUGAAAACCAAAAAAGACGCUUUUCCAUUUUUGUUUGACAAAAAUCGAAUGUUGUAUUUUUAUAUAUAUUGGCACUUCUAGAUGUAAAAACACCAAACCGCCGGUAGUAUGAAGGGAGGAGGGGUCUACCGCUGUACCAGUCUAACAAAGGCCUGGACCAGCUGGAUGAUGGGCUCCUGGCCCUCAUGGCUGCCCUUGGGGCCCGGGGUCUUGGACUGGCUUGAGGCCGGCGACGAGGGAGACCCACGGCGGAAGUGUCGGUACAAAGCAGACAGGAGCGUGCUCUGAAACAGGGAGGGAGUUAGACGUCUGGAACAGGACUGUUCACAGGAAUCACUAGGGUUAGGGGUCGUAAUCCAGCACUCUAACCCUCUAGCAAGGAAGAGGGUGUUACGCCCUGUGCUGUUACAGCGGUGGGAACAGAAGAGUGAUUUGUGCGAGUCUAAGAAUAGUACUUCUGACUGUACAGACUCUUCUCCUGCCAGGACAUGCAUAGGAAUUAAACAUCUGUUACAGUGUUGAACAGUUUUUAAACUCUUCCAAAUUACCAAGUUCACAUGGAAUCUAAAUCUUGCUGGCUGUGCACCAUCAGAUCCCUCUCCAUUGCGAACAAAAGCUUGCAGCAGUCCAACAGUAACUCCUAAAGCACUGCCCAAUAGGCAGUGCAAAGGACAGCAUACACGUCUUGGACCUUACCAGUUAAUUGCCGUUGCAGAAACAUAGGCCAGACCUCUAUUGGCAAGGCCCAUGUAGCGGCAAUACACUAAAAAAUGUUGUGGAGAGACCAAAGCAACAUUUUUGGUUUAUCUAAAGCUUUGUCAAACGGAGUAAGUAGCUUUGCCAGAGGAUUCCAAAGCCAACAGAGGCAUCCUUCUCUAGUUCCAGUUUGACUGUGUACCGCAUGUUUUUUCACUUGCUCUAGUUGACAGUUCUACAUGUGUUCACUAUAACGGCUAAACUUCAGUAUUACCAGUAGUUUAUGAGACAUGUGCAGGCCUCACCAGUUCAGAGCUCAGCUCCUGUUUGAGCCUCUGCUUGUCCCUGGGGACGAUGGAGGGGUCCUUCAGACACCGCGUGGCUUGGGAGGUCAACACGUAGAAGCCGUUCUCCAUGGUGAACAUCAGCAGGGACCUUCAUGAUAACCAAACGGUCAGCCCCAUGAGAGUUUCAGUUAAUGUGAAACAAAGUGAAGUGACUGCUGGAGUGGUUAGUGUUGCCUAGUGUUGGUAGUGGGAGAGGACUUACUUUAAUGCCUGGAUCUCAUCUGGGGAGGCCAGGGAGGCAAUGUUCAGGGAGGCUGGCUCCUUCUUCUUCUCGAUCUGCACAGGAGGACAAGCUCAUGUUGCUCAUGGGGGGUGGUUUAGGAGGACAUGAAUCAACCAGCCAGGGGGGGUUCACCCUACCUCUCCCAGCAUGCUGAGGGCCACGUUGAUGGUGCCCAGCAGGGUCCCGAAGGAGGGGGGCACGUCGGGGUCGAAGGCAGGCGCGCUGAAGCUGAGGACGAACAGCGUGCGGUACUCGGCCAGGUCCAUACACUGAGGAGAGGGCCCACACUCAGCAUUAACAAGCAGUGCACAACGCUCAAAUAUCGUUCCUUUUUCUAAUCUGUGUCAUAAUGUAUUUAAAAGACAGGGGUCUCCAUGCAUCUUCAGGGUCAUGCAUUGCUUUAAUUAAUUGUGCACUAUAGGGUCACAUAAUGAGGAAAGACUUCCUUUAUCAGGCUGCUUGAUUAAGUCACUUAAGACUUCAUUAUAAUGUUGACAAGAAACAUUUAGGGCAUUGCUAAAGCCAACGGGACAGACAAGACGCCAGCGCUGGUGG